GAACGAUCUAGUAGCACUAGAACAAGCACUAUAACAAGAACUAGAACAAGAUAUGAUUAGAUCUUGUGGACCGAUCUCGUAGUCUCGUAGUCUCGGGAUCGCGAGAUAUGCGCGGUAAUGCGCCGAAAGGACAUGAAACGAAUGACAUGACCUUUAAAUAACUUAAUAUGUCAUCAAGUUAUUCUCGAGGAAAAACUUCAAGUCUUUUAAGUCUUUUUAAGCCUUUAAGUUUCACACCAACCGUCUGAGCUUCGAUACCUAUUCUAAGACAUCUUCAUAUCGAGUCCGAGGCAACUUGAUAUUUACAUUUUUCUCUUGUUUUUUUGUUUUGUUGUCUUUCUUCGGAACGCCUGCAUACAUACACUUUCAACCUCUUAUACCUUGCAUGCGUCUCUUGUCAGAUAUAUCGUCUGUCAGAUCUGCACUCUUCAACCUAAUCUUGAUUAUAUAUUAAAUAUAAUCAUUCUAAUUAUAAUAACUCGGCGAUGUCACAGGCACAGCAACAUCGCUCGGGCCCGCCCUAUGCACCCACCACGGCGGCCGUUGGAGGCGUACCUUCAGUUAUACCUGAUGUCCCUAUCUCUGCCGUCUUCAUCGCCUUGUACAUAGGCUUCGCGGCAACCAAUAUGACGAUAUUCCAAAUCAACAAUCGAAGAGGCCACAAAUUCCUCCCUUCCGGCGCCCUAUUCGGCUUCUGUAUGGCCCGCAUAGCUACCCUCACCUUACGGAUAGCAUGGGCGAACCGGCAGACCAAUAUUCGUCUUGCUAUUGCAGCUAAUAUCCUUGUUAACGCCGGGAUUCUCAUCGCCUACGUCGUCAAUCUAAUCUUCGCCCAACGUAUUCUACGAGCAAAGCAGCCAUCCCUUGGUUGGCACAUAGCGCUUCGUACUGCAUUCAAACUACUCUACGCCGGGAUUGCCUGUGCUCUGAUAAUGGUUAUCACAGCUGUGGUAUUAUCCAUGUACAGCUUGGAUCCGCAAACGCUGCGAGCCUGUCGAGCUGUUCAACUAACGUCUAGCACCUAUCUCCUCGUCUUCACUACCCUACCAGUUUUCUUGACGGCUGCCGCUUACCUGUUACCUCGAUCCCCUAAAGAAGAAACCUUUGGAUAUGGCAAAAUGAAGACCAAGGCCGCUAUUGUCCUUGCGACGGCCUGUCUAUGCAUAUUGACUUCAGGGUUUAAAAUUGGGGUUGCAUUCGCGCCUCCGCGAGCACUGAAUGACCCUGCUUGGUAUCACGGCAAGGCUCCAUUCUACGUCUUCAACUUCACAGUGGAGAUCCUUAUUCUAUGCGUCUUGACCCUAAGCAGGGUCGAUAAACGAUUCUACAUCCCGAACGGGAGCAGUCAACCAGGCCACUACUCUAACCGCAUCAGAUUGUCGUCGGGAAGUGUCAGGGAGGUUAUUGCCGAAAAAAGGACGCCGUCAUGAGGACAUAAUUUCAGAUGAUUUUUGAUUUACUUACACUUCUGGGAUAACUAUAUAAAUUUUACUUUAGAUGAGAUGAUUUAGAUGAAUAUGACGAUACCCUAUAUAACGACAAUGCUCCCUUAAUGGUGAUGAUUGGAUGUACUUAAUUGAGAGUGCGAUAUAUGUAUAAUACAAAGGCUUUUCUGUACUUGUAGCAUCUCGUAG